UUUGUCCCGUAAGCUUGACCAAUCAGAGACGUGGCAUCCGGAUGUUGAGCAAUCUUUACGGACCACCGGAUUUUACCAGCUCUUGAGAAUUGUGUGAUCAGAGGACAUUCCGCGAUGCUAGCUGCUCUUGUGGAAAGGUGGCGGCCGGAGACACAUAUGUUUGUAAUGCCAGUGGUGAGGUUACAGUGACACUGGAGGACGUGUUAUACAUAUUCACCUACCAAUCGACGGAGAGGUUGUAACUGGUUGGACCAAUAGCAGUCAUGACUUCUUUAUCACGCAGAGCCUUGCAAUAUUCAGCAGCGAACCCCAAGUGAGCAGUUCCUCCAAGAAUUACAUAAAUCUUUCAUGAGUUCGCCAUAUUAGAGACACACACCCUUUGGACACAUGGGAGUUUGUUAUGCGCUAUGUUAGGUGUCACAUCUUCUGUCUGCUGGGUACCACACUCUUCAUGGAUAAGUUGACGGCAUAUGCCCACUCAAAGUAUCUACCACUGCUCCAAAACUUUUAUCAGAUUGGCAGUUACAGUUGGGGAUCAGUUUGUCUAACGCACCUUUAUAGGUCACUGUGUCGUGCAUCACGAUAGAGUCAUCAUCCACGGGUCCAAAAAUUGGUGAGAUAUGACUCAAGUGCGUCUAUUAGGCACGCAAUUGACUUUAUGGAGGAGUUUGUCGUAUGUCGACAUCAUCAUUCUUGCAGACCUAUACACACACCUUAAUGUUUGUGACACGGUGGGGCCAUUGGUGUCGUUCGAGUGUGUCGAAUGGCUUCCUGCGGACCGAGUGGUUUGCCAAUACGGAUAUGCACAGUCCCCCCUCUGGCAAUACAAGCCAUACCAGUUGACACGCACUGCAUUACUCUUCGGGGAGUACAGCACCAUGACUAGCACGGGAUUCAUGACGAAUGGAUACAACAAUGGGGUAACCACUGCAACAGUCAUCUGCGAGAUCGGGGUUUACGACCAAUUUUCGACUUCACCCCGUCUGCCGAUUACCGGAGUUUGUACUGUGGAUCAUACAAAAUGUACUUAAGGCUGUCGGCAUUCAUUCAUUAGAACCCACCAUAGUAUCCAUCGCAGCAGCUACCUCAGCAGCCACCGCCUCAGCCUUAUGCAGUGUUUUAGCCAUUUUCGUAUCAUCGCUCAUGGCCAUCUCAUAGGCUGAUGAGUCCAUAUUUGAUGAUAUAUUUUGACUCAAAU